CUCAGUGACUGGGGGCGCCGGGCCCGGGGCCGCGGGGCCGCGGGGCGCGGGGCGCGGGGCGCGGGGCGGGCGGCGGGCUGCCUUCGUCGGGCCCGGAGCUCGCCUGGAGCGAGCAGCCGCCCGCGGAGCGUCCUCGCCCGCUCCCGCCGGCGAGCAAGAUGAUGUGCGAGGUGAUGCCGACCAUCAGUGAAGCAGAAGGCCCCCCGGGAGGAAGUGGGAGCCAAGGGUCCAGCUCCCCUUCGCAGCCAGAUGCGGAUUCACAUUUUGAACAGUUGAUGGUCUCCAUGCUGGAAGAGAGGGACCGUCUUCUCGACACCCUGAGAGAGACCCAAGAAACGCUGGCAUUAACCCAGGGGAAACUGCACGAGGUUGGGCACGAAAGAGAUUCCUUGCAGAGGCAGCUCAAUACUGCGCUUCCACAGGAGUUUGCAGCACUUACUAAAGAACUAAAUGUAUGCAGGGAGCAGCUUCUUGAAAGAGAAGAAGAAAUCGCUGAGCUGAAAGCGGAAAGGAACAACACCAGGCUGCUGCUGGAGCACCUGGAGUGCCUGGUCUCCCGGCACGAGCGGUCCCUGCGGAUGACGGUGGUCAAGCGGCAGGCGCAGUCCCCGGCCGGCGUGUCCAGCGAGGUGGAGGUGCUCAAGGCGCUGAAGUCGCUGUUCGAGCACCACAAGGCCCUGGACGAGAAGGUGAGAGAGCGAUUGCGAGUAGCGCUCGAAAGGUGUAGUUUGUUAGAAGAAGAACUGGGCGCCACACACAAAGAGCUGAUGAUUCUUAAAGAGCAGAAUAACCAGAAAAAGGUACUAACAGACGGGGUGCUUGAUGUAAAUCACGAGCAGGAAAGCGUGCCGAGCGCCAAUGGAAAGAGAUCCUCCGACGGCUCUCUGAGCCACGAGGAAGACCUGGCCAAGGUGAUGGAGCUCCAGGAAGUCAUCGACAAGCAGUCACGGGAGCAGAGCCAGAUGAAGGAGCGCCUGGCAGCCCUUUCUGCCCACGUGACGGAGCUGGAGGAGGACCUGGACACGGCAAGAAAGGACCUCAUCAAGUCCGAGGAAGUGAACACGAAACUGCAGCGGGACGUCCGCGAAGCCAUGGCCCAGAAGGAGGACAUGGAGGAGAGAAUCACUACCCUUGAGAAACGCUACCUCGCUGCACAGCGCGAAGCCACCUCUGUGCAUGACCUCAAUGAUAAACUUGAAAAUGAAAUCGCAAAUAAGGAUUCUGUGCACCGACAGACAGAGGAUAAAAACCGGCAGUUGCAGGAGCGCCUGGAGCUGGCGGAGCAGAAGCUGCAGCAGACGCUGCGGAGGGCGGAGACGCUGCCCGAGGUGGAGGCCGAGCUGGCGCAGAGGGUGGCUGCGCUCUCCAAGUCGGACCUUUUGUCUUCCGGAAGCUCUGCCACUAAGGAGGCUAAACUGUUCGAACUUACCUCCCAGCUUAGGAAGGCGGAAGAGAGACACGGCAACAUCGAGGAGAGGCUGCGGCAGAUGGAGGCCCAGCUGGAGGAGAAGAACCAGGAGCUGCAGCGGGCAAGGCAGAGAGAAAAAAUGAAUGAAGAACACAACAAACGCCUGUCAGAUACCGUGGAUAAGCUUCUGUCCGAGUCGAACGAGAGACUUCAGCUCCAUCUGAAGGAGAGAAUGGCUGCUCUGGAGGAUAAGAAUUCUCUCCUACGGGAAGUUGAAAAUGCGAAAAAGCAAUUAGAAGAAAUGCAAAACGACAAGGACCAGCUGAUUGUAAAUCUGGAAACCCUGAGAGCCGAACUGGACCAGACGAGACUGCGAGGGGCUCCCCUCCACCACGGCCGACCACACCUGGGCAGCGUCCCAGACUUCAGGUUCCCUGUGGCUGACGGGCCAGCAGACUCCUUCGGCAGCGCGGCGGUCCUGCGGCGCCCCCAGAAAGGCCGGCUGGCAGCGCUGCGCGACGAGCCGUCCAAGGUGCAGACGCUGAACGAGCAGGACUGGGAGCGCGCACAGCAGGCCAGCGUGCUGGCCAACGUGGCCCAGGCGUUCGAGAGCGACGUGGACGUGUCUGACGGCGAGGGCGACAGGGAUGCCCUCUUCAGCUCAGCCGCUCUGCUGUCGCCCAGCGGGCAGGCCGAUGCCCAGACUCUGGCCAUGAUGCUUCAAGAGCAGCUGGACGCCAUCAACAAAGAGAUCCG